AUGAUGACUCUGGAUAAGGAAACCACACACCUGUAUGCCCAUAAAGGGAUGGUGAUUCAAGAGAGACGGACUGUCAACGCUAAUCUGACAUUAAGUCUUCAAAGGCAGCGGGAGCCGGGCAGGGCGGCGGGGCCCGACGGGGCGGCGGGCUGUCAAAGAGGCAUCCCGGCCGCCGGGAGCGGGCGCAGCCCUCUGUGUCCCAAGCCUGCGAGCCCCCCCCGCCCGGCCCCGCUCGCCACGAACACCGAGGAGCAGUAUUACGCCUCGGCGCAGCUCUACAAGGAGUCGUGUGCGUUUCAGAGAGCCCAGGCGCAGGAUUACAACCCCAGCCCUCCCGCCUGCCUGUACAUGGGCAGGCAGCAGCAGACUCCUUACCCCAGCGCCUUAGGGGCUCUCGAGCAAGGCAGCCCGCCAGACAUUUCACCUUACGAGGUGCCCCCCAUCACAGAGGAUGCAGGGGUCUCCCACCUUCAUCACCAUCACCACCACCACCCUCAUCUUCCUCCUCCCCACCAGGACGCGCUGCCUUUCGCAGACGGGGCGGACACGGGAGCGAUAGAGGAGCCCCGAGUGCAGGUGCCUUUCGCCUGGAUGAAGUCCACCAAAUCGCACGCCUGGAAGGGACAGUGGACCGACCCAGAGUGCCCGGCUAUCAGCCUGAGGAUAUACAACGUACCCCCAGAAGAUGCUCAAGAGAAAUUUGAGUUCUGCAUUGCCAUCGUCAAGAAUUUGAGGAGAGUUCAGAAAAUGAACGUUCGCUAG